GAUAAAUCAUUCUCUCAAAGUAAUGUCUUAAAAAUUCACCAGCGUAUUCAUACAGGAGAAAGGCCGUAUCAGUGUGAUAUCUGUGGUAAAUCAUUCUCUAGAGAUAGUAAUUUAGCUACUCACAAGCGUAUUCAUACAGGAGAGAGAUUGUAUCACUGCGGAAAAUCAUUCCCUUUAACAUAUCCCUUUACUUUUCACAGACGUACUUAUACAGGAGAGAAGCCAUAUCUCUGUGAUAUCUGUGGUAAAUCAUUUUCUCAAAGUGGUGCUUUAACGGCUCACAAACAUAUCCACACAGGAGAGAGACCAUAUCAGUGUGAUAUCUGUGGUAAAUCAUUCUCCAGAGAUAACCAUUUAAAUACUCACAAACGCGUUCAUACAGGAGAGAAACCAUUUCACUGUGAGAUCUGUGGUAGAUCAUUCUCACAAGCAAACCACUUAACUACUCACAUUCGUAUUCAUACAGGAGAAAAACCAUAUCAGUGUGAUAUCUGUGAUAAAUCAUUCUCUGUUGCUUGUAGCUUAACUAAGCAUAGGCGCAUUCAUACAGGUGAGAGGCCAUAUCAGUGUGAUAUCUGUGGUAAAUCAUUCUCUAUAAAUAGUCACUUAACCACUCACAAACGCAUUCAUACAGGAGAGAAGCCAUAUCACUGUGAUAUUUGUGGUAAAUCAUUCUCUGGAAGUAGUGUAUCAACAGCUCAUAAACACCUUCAUACAGGAGAGAAGCCACAUCGUUGUGAUAUUUGUGGUAAAUCAUUCUCUGUGACAAGUAAUUUAACUAAACACAAACGUAUUCAUACAGGAGAGAAACCAUUUCUCUGUGAUAUCUGUGGUAAAUCAUUCUCUGAAAACGGUAGCUUAACUCGACAUGAGCGCAUUCAUAUAAGAGAGAAGCCCUAUUUGUGGUAAAUCAUUCUCGAAAACGUAACCAAAUUAACACCAGCAUAGCCAAACCAAACAGGAGAAAAGCCAUAUCAGUGUCAAUUCCUGUGCUAAAUUUUUCUCACAAAAUAUGACUGUCAUGUAAAAAAGACACUGUAUCAGUUUGAUGUACAUCCUGUACUAAAUCCAGAAGACAAUUCGAUUGGCAAAGAUUCAAUUACGAACCAGCUUUAAUCAUGAGUUCUCAAAUACUCUUUUGUCAUUGCUAUAAUGCCCUCAACUCCUCCAAAUAUACAAGAUCCAUACCCAAGUACACUUAUUUCUCAUCCUAUUGCUUUCUUUACUUGGGUGAACACUAAGCUCACUCCUUACUCCGCAGAUUAGAAUUCCCUAGCCUGUAGAAUGCCCUCUCUGCCCACGUUUAUCCCUACAGAGGUCCUUGCUGAACAUCAACCUCAUCAGCCUAGGAGAACCUGCAAUUAUCAUGGCCCCCUCCUCCUCUUCCAUUCUCUGACUGAUAAUAACACGAAGAUAACUUAUUGCAAUAUUUUUGAUAAAAGUGCUCUUUCAGAUUUUAUUAACAUAAUGCUGUUAAUCAGAACUGAAAUAAAUUUAAACAUAACAAUCCUCACUGGGUAAAAUACAUUCUUUUUGUGCUAUAGAUGUGCAGAAAAAGGAAGGAGGCAGUCUCCUGAUGGACUAUUUCAUGGUUUGUCGAUUGCUCCUCAGAGAAGACAUACCAAGCUUCCUUCCCCAAUCAAUGUAUUCUCAUAAAUAUAAUGUUGACACUAUUGGACAGGUAUUUCAUAAACAAAUGAAUCUGUUUCCUUCACACUCUGAAUGUGUUAAUGAAAAAUAUUGAUGUUAAUGAAAAAUAAAUUGAUGUUAAUGAAAAAUAAAACAGCUAAAACAUGAUUGAAGAGAAAUUUUUAUCUGUUCAAAGUUAAUUAAUAUAGAUCAUAAGUUCUCAAAGUGGGCGCUGGUGGGGGAUGGUAGAGAAAAAAGAAGCAUUGGGAGGAAGGCAAUGGAUUGGGGGACACUGAAUUUAUAAUAUUAUAGUAUUGUAUACAAA